AUGUGGACGAGGCCUUCUCCAACAGUACCUUAUGUAAAAAUUUAUUCUGAAAAAAGGGAAGUUUUUAAUGUUUUAAUCGAUGUUUUUAGAGAUCUAAAAGAUGUUACUGUUAAACCGGGUAUAAUAAGUCGACAAUUUCAUUUUUUCUUACCGUCAGAUUUACCCUCAACUUACGAAGAUUCAGUUGCUAAAGUAUCUUACAAGAUAAUAAUUCAAAAUAAAGGUGGUUGGGCAUUAUCCAAGAAAGAAAACGUUGUAUUUAAUGUAAUUAAUCAUGUAGAUUUGACUCAAUUUGAAGAUUAUAAGAUACCCAUGCUUUAUGAAAUGUCUAAAACAUUUGGAAAAUCUAGUCACUUUGUAAUGCAUUUUAAAACAUACAAGGGUUUUUCAUCGAAUCAAAUAAUACAAUUUGAAGCUAUAAUAACGAACGAAAAAAAAAUUAAAGUAACUAAACUUAAAGUAGCCUUAAUUCAAAAACUUGAUUACAAUGUUUCUUCAGGAUAUAGUUCUAAUGAGAAGACCAUCUGUAAUUCAUAUUUUACUGACGUGUUAAGCUUGUCAGAACAAAGUUGUUGCAUUGAGAUGGAAAUUCCUCAAGUAGUUCCUUCAACGACUAAUGUUCAAGAUCCUAUGGUCAACAUUUCAUAUUAUUUAAGGGUAAAAGUUGUCUUCCGUUUCCAUUUACCAUUGUUUUCUGAUAUACCAGUAACAAUAGGAACAGUGCCACUAAAUCAUAAUAAUUUC